AUGCAUCGUCUUUUUGCUGAGCUGGAGCCAUCUCUAUCCGUCACUGAGCAAAACCUGGCAGACCGAGUUAGGUACAUCCUGCGCUCCAACAUAUUUGGUGACGCCGAACUCGAGCGACUACGACGUGAGGCUAUUCCUUCAUCGAAUGGAAAUGCUACGGCUGGGAAUGCGGCGCCACUAGAUGCGCAACAAACUGCAUAUGUGGAUGCUGACAUCAACAUUCCAUUUGUGGCUAAUUCAGACGAUGAUGGAAUAGUCUCCCACGAACUAGAGAAAAUGAGGAGCAUAUUGGAAGAGUCGAUGCUGGAAACGCGCAGUAUGCCUCUCGAAAAUCGACCGCGACUUCCCCGCAUACCCCUUAGCAAGCGAAAUCGGGCUGUCGUGCGGGCUCUUAACCCAAUGCUGGUGACCUAUUUGGAAGCCAGCCGGGACCUUUGCGAGACGGAUUCAAUUCUUUUUGGCGCCGCACUGGCAGUAUGCCGUAUUAUUGGCGCCAAACUUCCCGUGGCUGGACGUGCUACUCAAAAAAGUAGCGCCAUCCCAGCCUGGAGAAAAAGAAUUGAGGACCGUAUCGCAAAGGCAAGGGCCUUAUCGGCAGACUGA